AUGGACCUCUCUGACCUGGACUUCAACGACCCAGACGCCGUCAUGCGAGCAAUGGGCGGCGGAGCUGGAACAAAUCUCCCUGUGCCGACGUCUCUUUCGCCCCAGCAAGUACGACGGGAGGCGAGAGAUCGGUCAAAGCAGAUCUUCGCAGACUGGUACCAGCUGCGGGCCAUCCUGGACCGGCAUGCUCCAGCCAUACACAAACGAUGGGGAAAGAAGACGAAGAACCAGCGCAAGGAGAUCCUGCUGGCAGUAUGGCCCAACAUGGCCGCCACUCAUCGACCCGACUUCGCUGCGUUCAGGAAGGAAAAUGAAAGGCAACGUGCUGCAGGCACGAAAUUCAGAGACGCUUACAUGUGGCCGUACAUCAAUCUCGAGGAUCUGUCGAAACCACGGACUCUACUCUUAUUUCUUGAAUCUCGGUCAAGGAAAACACCUGACGUCUUCGCUGCGGCGGGCGAAGACGCCGCUCACUUGGGUAUGGUCACCCAAGCUGUGGUUCCAGGAUUUCUCAACGAGUACACCAUGAUGUUCACCGGCCGUACAACUCCGCAAACCUACGGCGAGCUCAUCGCGUGGGAAGACAACGACAAAGCGUUCGACUGGCUGAUGUCUCAGAGAGGCAUGCAUCCUGGACAAGGUCUGCUUCUCCUAGAGAUGCAGCAGCGUACCCUGCAUUUUCUGGUCGGCUGCUGUGAGCGGAUCAUGCACGAUAUCCCGCCAGAAGAUUUGGGAGGUGAACAGCACACCAUCCAAGCGCAGCCUGCCCUACCCAAAGAGAUGGUAAAUGGCUUCGACUCUCGCGCAGUCAUGGCCGCAGAAGCACCUUACCGUGUGCCAGCAGGCAUGGAUCUGGCCCGGCUCGAGUCGCUUUUCACCGCAAGAGCCACUGCCGCUGAAGACCACAUCUGGGCACUUCGUGAAGAUCCAGGGUACUUUGCGGAGGCCCUCUUUGAGCUUAAAGAGCAUCGUCAAGAGCUCAUUAGGCACCCAGACGGCUCGGAGCAUCCGCUCUUCAAGUUCAAGCGCGAGGAGAUACUGUGGAGCCGUGUCAUUGGGAGUGUGGUGACUUCUGCUUAUCUGAGUUUAGAGGUCAAGGACCUUCGAAGGCUGCAGACGAAGCACGAAACCAACAUAGCCAUUGAUCUUGAUCUACCAGAAGAGUACCUCUAUGCUCUUCUAAAGUUUCAACACUAUCUCGGCCAGGGGUCCAAAGGCGUACUUGGCCAACUCAAAUACGCUACUUGUGCUUCUCCGUCGUUCCGUCCUUGGUUCGUGCGUGCACCGAAUGGGGACCCAACAUACACCAAGAUGCAGGUGGGAACGAAACCGAACCUGCAGCUGCGCAAGAUCGAGGGCGAACUACUGUGGCUCAUGAGAGUGCUGUGGGAAGAUGGCCAUGACCUUUUCCUUGCAGGACUCACAAAUGUAGUAGACGAACUGGAACGGCUCGUUCACUCAGAGCCUGCGGCGAAGAAACUGCUGUCUCCAUAUGUUGCUGAAAAUAUCGGAGACCUUGCGAUCAUCACCGAGGCCAUGCGACAGCUGCAGAUCUACCAGCCUUGGGCGGCGAGCUUCGAGCACGAAAUGGUUGAUAGGUCAAAGAGCAUCAAGGAAGAGUUCGCACGGACGUCCCAGCCGUGGGAGGCUCUUCUACAAGCCACCGAAGGUCCAAACCAUGGCAAGAUCAUGCGACUUGGUGAUCCGUCCGACAAGAAGUUCUAUCAUCCAGUUGACAAGCGACGCUCGAAGGAGAACGUCGAAGCGAUGCGGAGGGCCGAAGAGAAUGUGGACGCUUUCUGGCUGGCAGUCGAUCAGAACCUUCAGAUGAAACCUGGCAACCAGAUUGAGUCAACAGUACUGCAUAGAUUGUUGGCGCAGUCGAGAACGCUGCAGAGAACGCCGGAAUGGGAAGAUCCUAAUGCAAGUGGCAGUGGGAAGACGGCGGUGGUCGAUGUUGAAGGCUUGAGCAGACCGCUGUCCGACUUGUAUUUCGACCUUCAACGGCGAACCGAGAGAGCGAUAGACCACGAUGUGGCCACCAAGAGAGUCAAAACCAAGGAGAAGACUAGAGGCGUAGCAAGGCCUCAGUCCAGUGUGACCGCUCCACAGCCAACGUCAAACGAACAAGAUCCUCAACCCACCUUCUCUGUCGAUGCUCGAGCACUGAAAGUCUUCCGUACACUCUUCUACACUCCUUCACUCAGCGCGACACCCGGCGAGGUCCCAUGGACCGAUUUCCUGCAUGCACUGGCCUCGACAGGCUUCAAGCCGGAGAAGCUGUAUGGUUCAGUGUGGCAGUUCCAGCCCACUAACCUUGAUGUUGAAAGGAGCAUCCAGUUCCAUGAGCCACAUCCCAACCCCAAGCUGCCCUAUCGAACUGUGAGGCGCUUUGGACGACGGCUGGAGAGGGCGUACGGUUGGUUUGGGGGAAUGUUUCAGCUGGCUAAGAAGGACGACUGA